AGCUCUGAGCUGCUGUGAGCUGCACGGGGUUGCGGCAGAGCGGUGUAAUGAAGAGCGGGAUGUAAGAUGACGGUUAUGCCCGUCGGGAUUUUGGUUUGGGGAUUCCAAACCGUGGCAGCCAUGAGUUUGUAUGGGUAAGUAGGUUUAGGGGGAGACGAAGCUUCAAUCAAGGAACGUGGUGCUUUGAUCAUGGCUCUUGGGUUGGUCGCUGCUAUGCUUCAGAGCACAUUUGCGUUGAGCUGUGUUGUGCAGCUCGAAUUCGCGUUCUAAUCACCGAAAAUUUAGGUUUGUGAGCUAGAGUUGGUGUUUCCUCUUGCUUUUACUGGCGUAAUUUGAACCCCUUCUGCUUCAGACUGGAGGGGUCCUUAGCCUCGAGUGGGGAAGAUAGGUGUCAGGUGAAGCUUUCGCUGGUAUUUGUGAUGAAGUCCUUUAUAUCGUAGGGGUUUUGAAGGGAGUGUGCUUGUGUGUGGUUUUGUUUUGUUUUGUCUUUUGUUUUUUCUGUUUUGUGUUUUUUAAUAAACUUUUCUUUUCCGUUUUCGACGAGUUUUACUUGUUGUUCGAAUUUGUGCACAAAAAUGUGCAUUUGGGGCGGCGAAUUAGAACAUUAGAGAAGCAGAGGCUUAGGAAUGGCCACCAACUCUCUCCUCCGCGUUUGCUCUGCGAGCAUUGGAGACGGCCGACAGCUUUGCAGAAAUAGAUGUAUCAGUCAAGAUACUCUACAGGUGGUCUUUCGUUACGAUAUAAUGAAUUCUUCUCUGACCGAAUUCUUGCCUUCGUCAUGGCGCUGGGUGCCUCCUGCGAGCGUAUCACAUGCAACGGGUUCAAGAGUCAACCCUCUUCACAGCGGGGGCACCAUGAGAAGGGUCCUGUAUGGAAUGGCGGACACGAGAAGUGGGGAACGAAGAGGACGUUGUACAGGAGCAUUUAAUGCAGGUCCUGACACAGGUGCGAACAAGGUGAAAGGAGAAGGUAGGGUAGACACCAAGGAAGGUGAGGAGGAAGAAUUGGUUGUUCGCUUGUCCGAAAUGGGCAAAUUCUGGCAGGAAGACCAAGAGAAGAAAUUCCGGGAGGCUCAUGAUAAUGGAGCACUGUCAAUGGAGUCACGUGAAGGUACGGAUUUCUCAAAGUUUCCGUCUGACGGGACAGAAAGCGAGGAGGGUAGACCCGAAGAAUUGCAACAGUCGUCGGAAAAUGGGCGUUCUGUUUCUGGAGAGCAGGUGAGCCAGUCAGCAUCUUCAACAAGCAGUACAAUCUCCAACAGUAGACCAUAUGGUCAUACUUACAUACAAGGUUCGUUGUCAGGUUCUGGGAAUGCUCCUCUACAAGAACCUCGUAGUGAUUACAGACCACAAUCGAGCUCUGAACCUGUGUUCUUAGAAGUCAUACCUGAAGAUCUCGCAACAAUUCUUCCCGACCCUUCGCAGACCGUGGGACUAUUUGAUGGUCAGCAGCCACUGUCUGUCAUAGAACAAGCACAGAGAGAGGCGGAUGUGGAGCCAGUCAAAGAGUGGGAUCGGUGGCCAACUGGUCUUCAAGAAAGCCAGAUAAAAAUCAAAACAGAUUUGCAGGGAAAAUACGGUAGAGAAAUGGCAGCCGCUAUUCAAGCGGUGCAGCUUGCCUGCAUGCUGAGUCAACGUGUUCAAGAGCGUUUACUUCGUAAGGAGGAGAAGGCAGGGUCAAAGAAGGACAAGUCUUUAAUUACUGUGGCAGAUUGGGGAGUGCAAGCUGUUGUAAGCUGGGUUCUUUCCCAAUCUUUUCAAGGGGAAGCGAUCCCAAUGGUGGCUGAAGAAGACACGAAAGGGCUUAGAGGCCAAAGUGGCAUAGACAUGUCACAAAGGGUCGUCAAUGCAGUUAAUGAAUGCUUAUGUGAGGCUUCGGUGGUCGGUAUUGCACCUCCAAAGCAGCCACUUGGCUCCUAUGAAGUGCUCAAAUUAAUUAACAAAGGAACCACCCUCGGUGGUCCUACAGGGCGUCACUGGGUGCUUGAUCCUGUGGAUGGCACGUUGGGAUUUGUCCGUGGGGAUCAAUAUGCGGUUGCCCUGGCCCUUGUAGACGAUGGUGAAGUUGUGCUUGGAGUCUUGGGAUGCCCAAAUUUUCCGAUGAGGCCCGCUUGGUUGGGAUAUCAUCACAAGUACUACCGUAUGGCAAUGAAGAUUGUGCCUCCAGAUUCCAAUCAUUGGCACAGGGGAUGUGUUAUGACAGCUCAGAAAGGAGAAGGUCGAGCAUGGAUGCAGCCGAUGAUUUUCAAUGGAGAAACAUUUAACGAGUUUCAUGCUCCUCGUGAGGUGUGUGUCUCCUCGGUUGUUGAUCCUACAGAAGCGACCUUUUGUGAGCCAGUUGAGAAGGCCAAUUCUAGUCAUUCUUUUACUGCUGGUCUAGCAGAUACCUUGGGUUUAAGGAAUCAGCCGCUGCGAGUCUACAGUAUGGCCAAAUACGCAGCCAUUGCUCGGGGUGAUGCAGAGAUCUUCAUGAAGUUUGCAAAAGCUGGAUAUAAGGAGAAGAUUUGGGACCACGCUGCAGGUGUGCUGAUUGUCCAAGAAGCUGGUGGUGUGGUAACAGACGCAGGUGGCCGGCCUCUCGACUUCUCCAAAGGUCGGUUUUUGGAAGGAUUGGACCGUGGCAUUAUAGCUUGCUGUGGAAAGUCCUUGCACAACAAAAUCAUUGCAGCUGUGGAUGCUAGUUACAAUUCAUCUACACUUUGAAAUAGACAUCUGCUGCAUUCGCUCACGUCAAGGUUAGUCACCUGCUGUAGACACUAGCUGGUAUAGAUUUAAAUGCAGGGUCAUUGUUCUACUCAACUGGUUGGUCUUGCUCAAAAGAGCCAGCCGACUAUGUUAGCCCCUGAAGGAGGGACUGACGAAGGUGAUGAAGUGAUCCAUCAGACUGAUUUUUGCAUCUGCACUUCCUUGUGAGGUUCUCACGGCCAAGUUACAUGUUGGAAUUUUAAAAUAGGGACACAAUUGUGUCCUUCCGCGGGCAAUGUAUAUAGCAAUACUUGAAUUGGAGGUUUUGAUCUUUUUGGCAUUGAA